GUUCCUUUUUCUCACUGUGUUUUGAUUUGCUUUGCCUUCACAUCUAACGUCGCGUUGCAGAGAGGAAUGGGAUUUGCAGGAGCCCUAAGGAACAUUAUUCGUCCUCUCUCUGUCUCAACAUCAAGAACCUUAACAUCACGAAUAUCUACCAAUGCUUCAAAGGAACCAUUUCGUACUGCUUUCCCAUCUCCCUGCAAGCCUCCCCAGUGGCUUCUUCCUCUUAGGAAUCACUUCCACAGCUUGACAGACACUCGCUUCCCCAAGAGACGACCCUCUGAUAAACCCCGUCGAAAGAGGGCCAGUUUGAGACCCCCUGGGCCUUAUGCUUGGGUUCAAUAUACACCUGGCCAACCCAUACUUCCAAAUAAGCCCAAUGAAGGGAGUGUCAAGAGGAGGAAUGAAAAGAAACGUAUGAGGCAGCGGCGUGCCUUUAUAUUGGCGGAAAGGAAGAAAAGGAAAGCUCAGCUGCAAGAGGCUAAAAGGAAGAAAAAUAUUAAGAGGGUAGAACGUAAAAUGGCUGCAGUUGCAAGGGAAAGAGAGUGGGCAGAAAGACUGGCUGAGUUGCAGCGACUUGAGGAAGAGAAGAAAAAAUCUCUGUCUUGAAUUUGUUUGAGAUCUCCUAGAGUUGGUAAUAGCAGCUUUGAAUUCUCCAAACACACUUUCCUUCAAUAUGUUCUAUGGUGUCUGUUAUUUGGGAGACCUUGUGCCUAUUUUAAGCAAUUUUUUUUAAUCUUUUCUGAAACAUGGAAGUGUGAAACUCCCCCUUACUUUCUCAACCCCUCUCCCCAGCUUGGAUAGUAAUAUGCUCACCCUUGAUCUAGAAACAAAAUAGAAAGAAAGAGAAAACUAUCUCCUGUUUCACAAUAUCACUCUGUACAUUACUAAAUCUAGCGAUCUACAUUCAUGGGAUACUGUUUGUAGUCACGCAGAUUGUUGUUUUGGAUCCAUUUUGAUAGAGGUCCAAGAUUAGGCCCAGAGGAGGAAAGCCCUCCAGAGUGGCUGGUCCACACUAGAAGAAGGAAAGGAGAGGGUGAAUUGGGCAAAGACGA